CUUCUCCGUGUUUACAUGAAUAUUUUUAAUGACGCAGCAAGACCACAUUGAACAACGUGAUUGUCGCCAUUUUUUGUUGUUAUUGAAAUCUCUUAGCCAUGUGACAAAAUAAAAAACCAAGCUUCCGGGUCUCAAACUAGUAAGUUAGCAAGUAAAUGAUACCAUUCCUUCGUCUACAAAUUUUCUUAUACAAGGUUCUUUAUACUUUAACCUUCUGAACACAAACAGUUUAAUGUUGCAGCACAAGCCAGCUAGCUCGCCAUAACAAACUGCCACCGACGUAGCUACUAAUACAGUAAAUAAUUUGGACCGCUACAAGCUAGAGAAUGUGUAUGUGGCUGGUGUGCGUAGCACUGACCCGUUUGGAGACAAUCCACUGAAGAGCAGAUGCGCUGUUAUUAAAUGCUACACUGUCGUUUAUGCCAACACGAAGGAAAGUCUACUUUUGACAUCUAAGUUAAGUAUGACUUGUAUGUUGAAGAGAUCACAUUCAGGUUGUUGUCAAGAAGAAAUGGCCAACAGAUUGUUCCGAGCAGUGAUAAUGGGUCCCCCAGGUUCGGGCAAAGGAACUAUCUCUGACAGAAUUGCGCAGAGCUUUGGCCUUCAACAUCUGUCCAGCGGCGACUUUCUUCGGGAGAACAUAGCGGCGAACACCGAGGCUGGUGUUUUGGCAAAGUCGUAUAUUGACAAAGGCCUGUUGGUACCCGAUCACGUCAUGACGCGUCUCCUGCUCCCCAGGCUGGAGGAGAUGACUAGGCACAGCUGGGUCCUGGACGGGUUUCCACGGACUCUAGCUCAGGCCAAUGCCCUAAACAGCGUAUGCAAGCUGGAUGUGGUUGUCAGCUUGAAUGUGCCCUUUGAGACACUGAAGGAGAGACUGAGCCACAGGUGGGUCCAUCCAGCCAGCGGAAGGGUGUACAACAUGGAGUUCAACCCCCCUCGUGUUCAGGGUGUGGAUGACAUCAGCGGAGAGCCCCUGGUAAAAAGUGAUGAUGACAAGCCAGAAGCAGUGGUGGCGAGGCUGCGGCACUACAAAGACAAUGCCAAGCCUGUAAUAGACUUGUACAAGGCUAAAGGCAUCCUGCACACUUUCUCAGGGACAGAGACGGAUAAAAUCUGGCCUUACAUCAGCUCCCUGCUCAGCGCCAAGGUCCGGCCGUAGCCGACUGCACAGCUGCAUACAGCGAGGGAUUUCUGUGAGGACAGUUUUGUGAAGGAGACCUAAUAUGUGGAAGCACAGGCAAGACUAACAACUCAGUUCAAAACCAAAGUCCCGUGACAGCUUGACAUGUUAUCAGGAGGCCAGAGGCAAAUCAUUCAAAGUAUAUUAUUAUUAAAGCUCAAAGCUUUGUGGAUUGAAGUUACAUACAGUCACUUCUGAACCAUGUACCGGGAGUCUCUACAGGUACUGUACUGUACAGUUUCAUAGUGUCUGAAAUCCUUACAAGGGAAGCCGAAUGGAAUCAGUGGCUGAAGCAGAUGUCUGUGGCCUCUCUCCAUCUCUUUCUCUGACACACGCGCACACAAACGCACACACGUACACUCAGCCACUUCAAUGGCAAUGUGCUGUUGAACGACUUAUGAUUUUAUCUUGAAUUUUACCAAGCUAAUUUCAGAAUGUACACCUGUUUUUCCUGUGCGCCCCCCUACAGGGAAGCUGAAUGAAAAAUCAGAAGUAUUCCAUCUGUGCAAGAGUUUACAUCAGUUACAAUGGAUAAAAAUGAACAUUUGUGGGUUUUCAGAUAUUAUUCAGUUAUCCAGAUAUAGAAAGUUGGUACUCUUGUGUGUUGACAGAAUUUUGAGAAAGAGAAAUGGUGAGAAAAUUGACCAAAGAUGAUAAUGUGGACAAGGAGGAUACCGAAUCAUUUUGACAGAGAGCAUUUGGUUUUAUUGUGAAUUGAUCAAAAAUAUCUUAUUUUUACAAUAUGUUUGACACUGAACAAAUAUAUUUUAAUUUGUUGAUUUGAUCAUAAAAAAUUAAUUCUCUUUUUGGCAGGAUUCUUGAAAAUUUUGUACGCUCCCUAUAAUGUAUUGAAUUCAUUAUUCGAAAUCAGGCACUUUUAAUGAUCAGUACCGCAAUUGGAAAUUGAGUUAUGCCAUAGCAUGCAGAUAACAAUCUGAGAAAUCUGAAAAUCAUUUCAAAUGCAGUGCUGCGUUUUUAGGGAAUCCUGUUGAAAAAUGUACAUUUUGAAGUACUAUAGGCAUAAAGUUAAAGUUCAAUUGAUUCAAGGAAUGA